AUGAGAGGUAUAUGUCUAAUUGGUGAUAAGUCCUUAGUUGCAUUAUAUGAUGCUGGAGCUUCGUAUUCGUUUAUCUCGUUUACUAAAGUUAAGGAAUUAGGUUUGAAAGUGUCAGAGUUACCUUUUGUUCUGCAUGUACAUACUCCACAUCAGACAGUUAUGACUAGGUUAGGUUGUAGACAAAGUGGAGCAGUAGUAGCUGCGGGAUACUACCUGAACUCUGUAGUGGUGCGCUGCAUUGGGAAAGAGUGUCAGGGUUACAUCUUGUUAACUGCAAAUGCUUCGGGCGAUACCCAAGGCUUAGACCAGAUUUUGGUGGUUAGGGAUUUUCUAAAGGUGUUUCCGAAAGAUAUUCCUGAAUUUCCACCUCAAAGAGAGAUUGAGUUUGCGAUUAAAUUGGUGCCGGGAGCCGAACCAAUGUCGAUUGCACCGUAUAGGAUGGCUCCGAAGAAACUGGCCGAGUUAAAGGUUUAG